UAUCUUACAUUCAUUUGUCUUGUUCCCGACACAGGCGACGGACUAACCGCUCUGUACCUGCCGCCAAAAUUCAAUCUAAAAGAGAGAGCAAGCGUCCCUGUUGUUGUCGGUUUCGCUGUAACGGAUUGCUUCACUGUUUAGUUUAUUAAUUUCAUAUUCAAACAUCAUAGAUCUUACUUCCGAAUUCAGCGAAGAGAGGACAGCCAAGGAUGUACAUCAAGUCUAUCGUUCUUGAAGGUUUUAAGUCCUACGCACAGAGGACUGAGAUUAAUGGGUUUGAUCCGCUGUUUAACGCCAUCACAGGACUGAAUGGCAGCGGAAAAUCAAAUAUUUUGGACUCGAUAUGUUUUCUUUUGGGCAUUACUAAUCUCUCCCAUGUUCGAGCCUCCAACCUCCAGGACUUAGUUUACAAAAAUGGACAGGGUGGCAUCACCAAGGCCACUGUGUCUGUCAUCUUUGACAACUCCAACAAAAACCAGAGCCCUCUGGGGUUUGAAGUCCAAGAUGAGAUCACAGUCACUAGACAGGUGGUAAUUGGUGGCAGGAACAAGUACCUCAUCAAUGGAGUUAAUGCCAGCAACACAAGGGUGCAGGACUUGUUCUGCUCUGUUGGCCUCAAUGUCAACAACCCACAUUUUCUUAUCAUGCAGGGGAGGAUCACCAAAGUUCUAAAUAUGAAGCCACCAGAGAUCCUUGCCAUGAUUGAAGAAGCAGCAGGCACCAGGAUGUAUGAAUGUAAAAAGAUUAGCGCUCAGAAAACCAUUGAGAAGAAAGAGGCCAAGCUGAUGGAGAUUAAGAUGGUUGUGAAAGAGGAAAUUACUCCAACCAUGCAGAAACUGCAAGAGGAACGAGCAGUGUACCUGGAGUACCAGAAGAUGAUGCGUGAGAUCCAGCACUUGUCGCGGCUGUAUGUGGCCUGGCUGUUUGUGUGUGCAGAGGAGACCAAGCUGAAGUCAGCAGAGAAUCUGAAGGUGAUGCGGGAUAACAUCGCCAAGAUGCAAGACAGCAUGGCAGAGAACGAGGGCAAACUCAAGAUGCUCUCAGCUCAGAUUCAGGAGCUGCAAAAGAAAAGAGAUCAGGAGGUGAAUGGAGUGUUGAAAUCCAUGGAGGAGGCUCUUACUGAAGUGCAGCGUGUUGAUGCCAAAGCGCAGAGUGCACUUGACCUCAAAAAGCAGAAUCUCAAAGAUGAAACCAAGAAAAAGCAGGAGUUUGUAAAGAGUAUGCAGGAGGACAAGAAAAUGCUUGUGGUAAAACAAAAAGAGGUUUCUAAGUUGAUGGAGCAGCUUGAGGCUCUGCAGAAGGAGGGACAGAAGGAUAGUGCUGCCCUUGAGGCAGCUGAGCAGCAUUUCAAAGCUGUGUCUGCAGGUCUCUCCACCAAUGAGGAUGGAGAAGAGGCCACACUGGCUGGGCAGAUGAGCAAGGCAGACACUGAAGCCAAGCAGGCCAAGAUGACUCUGGAACAUGCCCAGGCUGAGCUGAAGACUAAACAGGCAGAGGUGAAAAAGAUGGACGGCGGCUACAAGAAGGACCAGGACAGCUUGCAGGCUAUCAGAAGCAGUAGGGAGAAACUGGAGGCUGAGUUAGCUAAGCUCAACUAUGAAGAUGGGAAGGAGGAAAGUCUGCUGGACAGAAAAAGGCAGCUGUCCAGAGAGGUCACCAAACUUAAGGAGACCUAUGAGCGUUUCAUGUCCCGCUUCCCCAACUUACGCUUUGAUUACAAGGAUCCAGAGAAAGGGUGGGACCGUAGCAGAGUGAAGGGGGUGCUAGCUAACCUGAUCACAGUCAGUGACACCUCUUAUGCAACAGCACUAGAGGUGGUGGCAGGAGGGCGGCUCUAUAACAUUGUAGUUGACACAGAGGUAACUGGUAAAAAGCUGCUAGAGAAGGGAGAGCUGCAGCGGAGAUACACCAUCAUUCCACUGAACAAGAUCUCUGCCAAGACACUCAAGGACAAAGUGGUCAACACAGCCAAGAAUCUGGUUGGAGAGGACAAUGUCCACACAGCUCUGUCCCUGGUGGGUUAUGAAUCUGACCUCUGUAAGGCCAUGGAGUAUGUCUUUGGCUCCACACUGGUGUGCGACACCCUGAACAACGCCAAGAGGGUGGCUUUUGACAAGCAGGUGAUGACCAAGACCGUCACUCUAGGAGGGGACAUCUUUGACCCACAGGGAACUCUGACCGGAGGUGCUCGUUCCCAGUCAUCGUCAAUACUGUCCAGUCUGCAGGAGCUAAAACAGGUUCAGGACCGUUUGAAUGAGAAGGAGGCCCAGCUACAGGAUACUGAGCGACAACUGGCAAACCUAAAGGGAACUGCUGACAAGUACCGGCAGCUUAAACAGCAGCAUGAGCUGAAGGUGGAGGAGGAACAGAUUCUGCAGGCAAAGUUGCAGCAGAGCUCCUUCCACCAGCAGCAAGAGGAGCUGGAGAGGCUGCGCAAGGCCAUUGAGGAGAGUGAGGAGACUUUGCGUGUCACCAAGGACGUGCAGAAGCGGGCUGAACAAAAGUACAAGGUGCUGGAGAACAAGAUGAAGAACGCUGAGGCAGAGAGGGAGAAGGAGCUGAAGGCUGCACAGCAGAAACUCAGUGCAGCCAAGGCCAAAGCUGAUGCCUUCAAUAAGAAGCUGAAGCAGAAGCAGCAGGAGUCUGAUGCUGUGGCCCUGGAGCUGGAGGAGCUGCAGAGGGAGCAGGCUGGUUAUGAGCAGCAGAUUCAGGCUGUAGAUGAAGCCAUGAAGGCCAUCCAGGAGCAGAUAGACACCAUCACUUGCACAGUAUCCCAGAACAAGGAGGCAGUGCGUAAAGCCCAGGAGGAGCUGGCCAAACAGAAGGAAGUGAUAAUGGCACAGGAGCAUGAACUCAAGGGGAUGAGCUCAGAGGCUAGUAAGCUAAGGGAGCAGAACAAUGAAGCCCAGCUGAAGAUCAAGGAGCUGGAACACAACAUUAGUAAGCACCACAAAGACAGCCAGGACGCUGCUGACAAGGUGUCUCGGAUGCUGGAGGAACAUGAUUGGAUCCAUUUAGAACGACAGUUCUUCGGUCAGCCAAACACCCCUUAUGACUUCAAGACCAACAACCCCCAAGAAGCGGGCCAGCGGCUUAAGAAGCUGGAGGAGGCGACCUCCAAGCUGGAAAGAAACAUCAACAAGAAGGCCAUGAACAUGCUGAAUGAGGCAGAAGAGAGGUACAAUGACCUAAUGAAGAAGAAGAGGAUUGUGGAGAACGACAAAGCAAAAAUUUUGCAGACCAUUGAGGAGCUGGACCAGAAGAAGAAGGACGCUCUCAAUGUGGCCUGGCAGAAGGUAAACAAAGACUUUGGCUCUAUUUUCUCCACUUUGCUGCCAGGGGCCACUGCUAAGCUGGCUCCACCCCAGGACAGUGGGGUCUUGGAGGGACUUGAGUUCAAGGUGGCCUUGGGCAAUAUUUGGAAGGAAAACCUCACUGAGCUCAGUGGUGGGCAAAGAUCACUGGUGGCCUUGUCUCUCAUCCUGGCCAUGCUGCUGUUCAAACCUGCUCCCAUCUACAUCUUGGACGAGGUGGAUGCUGCUCUGGAUCUCUCACACACACAGAACAUCGGACACAUGCUGCGCACACAUUUUAGACAUUCUCAGUUUGUGGUAGUGUCCCUAAAGGAUGGCAUGUUCACCAACGCCAACAUCCUGUUCAAGACCAAGUUUGUUGAUGGCAUGUCCACAGUGACGCGGACUGCGCUCAGCCAGAGUGAUGCCAACCUUCCUCCGAAAGGCCAAGACAAGGCUCGCCCAAAAGACAAGAAGAACAAGCAGCUCAUCAGCUAAUGAUUGGACAGGAGUAGCUGAACAGCACAGACACAUUUUAAAUUUGAUAUUGCUUCUAGAAACCAUGUCGUAUAACAUUACAAAAUGUGGCGUCUGUUAAUUAAUGAAUUGUAUAUGCUCAUUUUCUCUGUGCAUCAUAAUCACUAUCUUUUUUUAUACAAGUUUUUAUGCUUGUCUUGUUCAGCUGUUUGUAUUUUUAACUGUAAAUUUGUGUUCAUGCUCUUCUGCAAAUUUGAUUUUACAUAUAGCCAACUUGACCAUAUAUUUUAAUUAUUAAAGCAGCUCAAAUACUAGUCUGUCUCUUGAGUUGGUUCAAGACGGCAAACACACUGCAUACAGUGUAGUUUUAGCAUGUACAGGAACAUACACGGG